UACUAUGACAUAAACUGGAGGUGGUCCAGGUCUGAUGGGGAGUUCAGAAACUGGAGGUCUGAUGACCUCAAUGACUACAUGGGCAAUGAGAAGUGUGCAGGAAUGACGGACCAGGGUCUGUGGUUUAAUACAACAUGUGAGCAGUUCUACAACCCAAUCUGUUCUGAUGGGAUCGGGACGAAUGUGACGUUUGUCCUCAUCAACCUCAGCAUGAACUGGCCCAAGGCUCAGAACUACUGCAGAGAACAUCACACAGAUCUGGUCACUAUCAGAGAUCCAUCUGAGAACCAGAAGGUAAAGGAGCUGGUACCAGCAGGAAAAUCUGUUUGGAUCGGUCUUCAUAAGAGGUUCUGGAAUUGGGUGGAUGGAAGCAACCCUUUGCUCAACUACUGGAAGUACUGGGAACCCACUGGAAACACGAAAAAGUGUGCAGCAACAUUUUUCGAACUUUCUGGAAAGUGGGAAGAUUUGAACUGUGAAUUGAAGAGAGCUUUCAUCUGCUACCAAGCUCCACUUUUACAGGAGGUGCUUAAAGUGAAGCUGCUCAGAACCGCCCCUCUGGACCUGGAAGAUCCCACUGUGCUGGAAAAUAUGCUGAAGCAGGUAAAUUACAAUAUUCCAGAAACAUUAAAACAAAUCUAUGUUCUUCAUCAGCCUGAGUGGAGAGAAGAUGCAGGUGCAGCAGGUGGAAGGUUUCAGGUUUGGUGAUCUAAACGAGAAGAUGAUGAUGAUGAUGAUGAUGAUGAUAAUGAUGUCAACAGAUCACACAGAAAUGAAACGACGGCCUCACAUAUAAAACAUUCAUCUGCUGCUAAUUUCCCUGAAGAAAGGUUCAGAGCUUCAGAGCGAGUUGUGAGAUUUGGAAGAAGUUGCACUUGGAGGACCUUUUGAUCCCAUUCUUCAUUCAUUGCAGUGAUCUGGGGUGGAUUGAGAGGAAGCCCAUGGGCUUGGAGGUGAAGAUUGGAUCAGGAUGCUUCACUGCUGCUGGCACCAUAUGAGACUCAUGGUGGCUUUCAGCUUUUCUUCUCCAGAUUUCCCAAACAGUCAGGAAGAGGAUUCAUCAGAGAAGAUAGGUUUGCUCCAGACUCCCACCAGGGUGACAGUACGGUGGCUCAGGUGGUCGGUGUCGUCCUUGAAGAAGAAAUAAAAACAAGAAGAAAGAAAAACAAAGUACUUAAAAAUGUAAAGAUUAAGAAAACUUUAGGAGACAAAGAAUUAAAAGCCAGUGCAAACAGAUGAGUUUUUAAAAGUGAUUUAAAAUCCCCCAAGGUUCUGGUGGACCUUAUGGACAGUGGGAGACCGGUCCACAGUCACCAGCUGAGUCCUCGGGACGACUAGAAGCGUUUGGUGCUGCGAGGACAAGGAUAUGUUGAUGUAAACGUUCAGUGAUUAAAGAUUUAAAAACCAAAGUAAAAUCUUAAAAGUGAUUCUAAAAGAAACAGGCAGCCAGUGUAGAGAAGAUAAAAUAGGAUUGAUGUGCUCACAUCUUCUUUUCCCAGUUAGCAAGCAUGCAGCAGCAUCCUGGACAAGCUGAAGAUGACGGAGAAGGUCUGGUUGGUCCCACCAUAGAGGGAGUGUCAGUAGUCCUAUCAGAGGGGUGUUAACCAGCAAAUAACCAGAUGAACCCCAAACCAAGCAGAAGGUCUCACAAGCAGAUCAUGACAAACAUCUGAAUCAUAAUCUAC